AUGAGAUCACAAGAUGGAGAGGUCGAAGGGCGCCCGCCUUACCUUCACUGCAUGCUUGCAGGAGGACUGGGCGGAUCAGCUGGCGAUAUGCUCAUGCAUUCGCUCGACACAGUUAAGACGCGGCAGCAGGGCGAUCCUCACAUCCCGCCACGGUACACGUCGCUAGGGUCGUCCUAUCUCAAGAUCUUCCGACAGGAGGGGAUCAGGCGCGGCCUCUACGGCGGCUGGGUCCCAGCGCUGGCCGGCUCGUUCCCGGCGACGUGCUUCUUCUUUGGCGGUUACGAAUGGAGCAAACGGCAGAUGCUCGACCACGGGGUCCAACCGCAUCUGGCCUACUUGAUAGCCGGCUUCAUCGGCGAUUUGGCCGCGUCCAUCGUAUACGUGCCAUCCGAAGUGGUCAAAACCCGCCUGCAGUUGCAAGGUCGAUACAAUAACCCGUAUUUUACGUCGGGGUACAACUACAAGGGGACGACUGAUGCUGUGCGAACCAUCAUUCGCACCGAGGGGUUAUCCGCUUUAUUCUACGGCUACGGCGCUACCUUGUGGCGCGACCUGCCAUUUUCAGCCCUCCAGUUCAUGUUUUAUGAGCAGGGACAGAAGUGGGCGCACCAAUGGAAGGGGAGCCGCGACAUUGGGUGGCACAUGGAGCUUCUGACAGGAGCGGCUGCCGGUGGUUUGGCCGGCACAAUCACAUGCCCGCUCGAUGUUGUCAAGACGAGACUCCAAACCCAGGUCCAUCCGGGGGCCGGAGGGCUCGGCCCACCACCAGCCGAACCGUCAAAUAUCGGGGCGGUCAAGGACGGGCAUGCCACGACGACCGCCGAGGCGAGCCAAAAACUGCAAAAGCGGCUAAUCUCCACGUCUUCUCCGUCCACGCACACGCCCAAGCCCGGGGCCGUCACGCUACAAACAUCGUCUGUCAUAACCGGACUCCGGCUGAUCUAUAAGAGCGAAGGCAUUGCGGGCUGGUUCAGGGGCGUCGGGCCUCGGGCCUCGUGGACCAGCAUUCAGAGCGGGUGCAUGCUGUUCCUCUACCAGUCCAUCUUGCGCCAGCUGGAGAUGUACAUGCCGACCGAGCGGCGUGAGCUGGUCUAG